UUCUCCUUCUCUGGUCCCGAUGGAUCGAUAGAUACGAGGUGUAUCUUUCUUGGGAGAGUCUUUAUCUCCUUUAGUGGCGACACACUCUUGAUGUGUUCUACUUCCUUGUGUCCACGUUGCUCAAGAGUGGAAAGGGAAUUAGAUGGUGUCACCAGCUCUUCUUUUUGUUCACUGUCCACCCCACCAAACCAGGUUAGCUCAAAGUUCAAAACCAAACAAAACACAACACUAUAGGUAAAUUGGGGGAGCAAGUGUUGGAUCUGGGCUGUUCCUUCCCUAUAUAAUUAGGUAUCUGGUUUUAUGUUCCCAUAUCAUCCUAUACUUCCUUUUGCAGAAUAAUCUGUUCCCUGGUAAUUGCUCAGCAUUUGUGUCCUGCUCGAUUACAAAAUUGCUGAAAGUAGGGACUGUUUGUCUUGGACUUUGUUGCCAGUGCCUGGUACAUAGUAUGUUCUCAAAUAUAACAUCCUUGAACAACACAAGUUUGAACUGCAUAGGCCCAUUUAUACUCAGAUUGUUUUUUGAUAUAGUAGAGUACUAUAAACGUAUUUUCUCAUAUAUUUUUUUAGCAUUUUUUCCUCUAGCUUUAUUGUAAGAAUACAGUAUAUAAUACAUGUUGCUAUAAUAAAAAUAUGUGCUAAUUGCUUAUAUUAUCAGAAAGCCUUCUGGUCAAUAGUAGGCUAUUCGUAAAGUUUUGGGGGAGUCAAAAGUUAUACACAGAGUAUCUCCUGUGUACAGCACCCCCCAAAACCUGGGUUGUUCAAGGGUCAACUGUAUUUGUUGUUAGAAUAAAUGAAUGAACUAAGGAAGCCUUGCAUCUUACAGAUUUAUUGCUAAACCACCAUGGAAAAUAAAAUCCUCAAAUUAGUUCCUAGUCUCUGUUUCUGACUCCUUCUGAGCUAAGGACCAGUGUUAGCCUGGGGGUUCCUACAUGCUGGCAGGCCUCAUCCUUACUCCAUAGUUGCCUCUCUUCACCGGCUGAAGACGCCGCCACGGUAGAGCCAGGAGUGCAACGUCCGGUGUAGGAGCCCACAGUUCCCUCUGCAUCUGUCCCGCCCAUGGAGCAUGGAGUCUGGGCCAUUUCCUCAGAUGAGCUUUCUCAAGAAAUUCUUAGCUGGCAGGAGCGUUAAACCUUCAGCGAAAUCACACUUUCUUCUUGUUGAGCAGAUUGAAAAGCCUCUGCAUGUCUGCUCUUAUGUGAAGUCAGGAAAUUGAAUUCCUCUAACUUGAGCUCCGGGAAGGUGGGUUUUUUGUCUAUUUUGUACGUUGUAAGAGCGCCAGCGCCUAGAAUCGUGCCUGGCACACCUUUGUUCAGAGUGAAUAAUGCUCAUGCCCUUCACACCCUGCUUAGAGAUGACAAAUCUUGGGCAGGACAGCACUUGUGCAGCCACUUCUAGGAAUUCAGAGUCUCAAAUUUAGCAUUUAGGGAGAUCAAAGUAAACCAACUUUGCAGCGCCACGCACAGGUGAGGUGUAAAACAUGUCGCUUGCCACGGGAUAGGCUUCGUUUGGAGGGGGGGAGCGCAUUUCUCCAGACACAAAUCAAAGGGUGUUUUUGCGUUGCGUGCCUUCCUAAGGCUUCUCAGCCUGAAGAACACACAGGCUGGGCACGACGCGAAGCCACGUGAGGGCAACGACAGGCUGCUAGUUUCACCAGGUCCCGCCUUCCUUCGUGCACUUCCGCCCCUCCCCGUUCCUACUCAGAGAGGCGGGCCGGCUUCUGUCUGGCCGGAAAGGGCCUGGCCUUAGGAGCCCAAACUUCCGGCACAGACUUGCCAGAGGUUCUAACGCGAGGCGCGCGAGGAGAAUGGAUGACGUCACGGAAAGCGGUGGGAGGGCUUGUGUUGGGCGAGAGCGGUAGGCCCGUUUCGCCGACUCGGAACCCAGAGGGUGAAGGGGUUUUCCAGUAUUGCGGCGGAGCCCACGGUCCUCGCCGUGUCCUCGGCAGCUCGCACGAAACUGGAAGGCAUUUCUGAGCCUGCGAACCUGCAGCGGAAGUGGAAGCAGAACGCCCUUCCUCAAGUGACUGGAGCUUACAGAUGCGGUCCAGGGCAGGGAACUGUGGCUAGGUAAGGAGGCCAUGCUUGAUGUUGCUUCCAGAUCCCAUGUCAACACCAAGUCCUCAGAUGCUGGUGGCAGCUGCUCAGCAGACCCUGGGCAUGGGAAAGAGACGGGGCCCACCCCGAGCCGUCUGCCUUCACCUAGCUGGAGAGGUGCUGGCUGUGGCCCGGGGACUGAAGCCAGCCCUGCUCUAUGAUUGCAGUUGUGCAGGGACAUCAGAGCUCCAGAGCUAUCUGGAGGAGUUGCAGGGCUUGGGCUUCCUGACCCAGGGACUUCACAUCCUUGAGAUUGGAGAAAACAGCCUGAUUGUCAGUCCUGAGCAUGUAUGUCAGCGCUUGGAGCAGGUACUGCUUGGUACCAUAGCCUUUGUGGAUGUUUCCAGCUCCCAACCUCACCCUUCUAUUUGCUCCCUGGACCAACUUCAGGAUUUGAAGGCCAUAAUGGUUGAGAUCAUCACACAUUUGCAAGGGCUGCAGAGGGACUUAUCCCUGGAAGUCUCCUGCAGCAGACUUCGUUCUUCAGACUGGAAUCUCUGUACUGUGUUUGGGAUCCUCCUGGGCUAUCCUGUUCCAUAUACCUUUCAUCUGAACCAGGGAGAUGGCAACUGCUUAGCCCUGACCCCGCUACGGGUUUUCACUGCCCGGAUCUCAUGGCUGCUCGGUCAGUUCCCAGUCUUGCUCUAUUCCUUUAGUGUCCCCGAGAGCUUGUUCCCAGCCCUGAGGGAGAUUAUAAACACUUGGGAGAAGGACCUUAGAACUCGAUGUAGGAGGCAGAAUGACUUUGCUGACUUGAGCAUCUCCUCCGAGAUAGUCACGUUGCCAGCUGUGGCUCUCUGACUUCAGCUCUUCUCUCAUGUAGAAGAUGCUCAGUAGAUGAUCAGCUCCGGGUUAGGGAUGGCAUCUCAAUGACCAAUUCUGAGCAUCUUGAGAAAAUUAGGGAAAAAUUCUGCAAACAGUUGUCCUCAUCUCAGUGGGCAUGGGAACAGGUGGUAGUGGUGUUGGUUGUACAUAGUUGCCAUUUCUAUAGUAGGGAGUCCUCGUGACUUAACUGAGAUGUCUGUUCAUUUUUCACUGGAUAGGGGAUAGAAGAAAGAUUGUGGAGACAGGCGGUGGAAGUCAAGUAGUCUGUUCUUGUGUGGUGGUUGUAAAUAUACCUGCCCCAGUGGGCAGUGUCUGCCAGAAAGUAGAGGACUAGGUAAGUUUUACUGCAUGUUUAUAUACCACCAACUGAAUCGGACUAGGGAGAGUAGACCAGGAUUCACUAAUGUCUUAUGAUUGUGUUGUGAUGUGUCUGUCAUUCAGGGGUAAACUAAGAGUUCAGAGGAACAGAAACUUGUUAGGUGAAGUUUAUUUUACAGUAGGUUAAAAAAAAUAAUAAAGUCAGAAAUCUCUGUGGGAAAACCCACACUCUAAAGUAUGUAAACAUUCUGAGUUUUUUGAGUUUCUUGCUUCAGAUUUUCACCCAGGCAGCUGUCCGAAGUGAUUCAGAUCAUCAGGCUCUCCUUGUUGGCCAGGAACACUGCCAGUGCUAUGGCAAUCAUUACCAUCAGCAUCGAGAGCCAUUGGCCACAUUGCCUCUGUGAGGAGGGAAGGGGCGAAAGAGAAAGAGGCCAUGGGUUGUUUGGAGAAGAUACAGACAAAAAUAAUCUUCCUUCUUCCCAUUCCAGCCCCGUGGGAAACCUUGGGUCAGUAGAGGAGAAAAAGCUUUUUAUAUCAUUAUUUCUCUCACUUGCUCACUUCCUUUGGGAUAAAGACCACUUUAAGGCUGGUUACUUGUCCCUAAGCCCAGGAUCACUGGCCUAGGGAACCAUACCCAGCAAGGGCCAGAUAACUUAAAUACUGGUUAGAGUAAUCAAGGAUGGAAAAUAACUUAGCAACACUAUAUUAUUCUCUAUUCAUAUUCCGUAGUACUUUUGCUCUCCUUACUCUUUUUUUUUUUUCUUCUCUCCUUACUCUUGCCACAAGCUCAUAAUAGGCUAAAAGAACACCAUUUCAUACUUUAGCUAAUAGUAGGCCUCUUCCUUUAGGCUCAAGAGUUCCAUGAAAAUUAGGCUUGGUUGCAUGAGCAAGUGUUUCCCGACAGUUGUUAUACUCAAGUAUAUAAACCAAGCUGAAUGGAAUGGGCUGGCCCAGCGUUGGCGCGGGUUGAUGAAUGAUCUGCAAGAUUUGACUGAAGGAGGACCUGUCCCACCAUCAUCCAGGGCGAUAUGGGAGGAUAGACCCUCUUACUCUGGGAAGCGGCCGUGGGCUCUGGUUCAGCUCUUCUCGACAGUGCUGCAGCUUACGCAGGCAGGAGAGAUACUCGUCGCUGAGGUUGUCUAACUCCAGAUGCAGUUCUCUGCACUGGGGGGAGAAUACCACCAACAUCAUCACUACCAGUUCCUUCUGGGAUAGAGCUCAGGUCGGGGAGAGGGCCCUAUGUGAGUUACCCCUUCAUUCAUUUGGAAUUUUUACCACCAUCCUCCCUUCCCAGCCUUUACUCAGAGAUUUCAGUUUAUCUUCGGGCUGCCUUACUUAGUUUGCCUGGAAUGUGUUCAUUUAAAUGAUUGAUUAUAAUGCAUAUGAUAAUACUAUAUAUUAUACAUGUUAGUGCUUUCAUGUGAUAGUGUAUGUGCAAGUGCUUUGUAAAUGCGGACACCAAAAAAUGAAGUUCUUAUAGCACAAAAGACCUGGGAAUGAUCUUAGUACUGGUGAAGAAGCACCUUCAACAGGACCUAGUUGAGUUGCAUGUGAAUACUCUGGGAAUAUGUAGGUUUCUAAGUAUGUAGAUGGAAAGAGUUUGUUACUUAAAAGACACUAUAUAAAGUUUUAAGAUAACUCUAUGUAGGACAAAGUUUGAGGAGUUAAUAUGUUUAUUAAGUGUGUUUUAGUUUAGGCUGACAUUAUAAAAGGUAACUAUUUAACAAAACCUUGCAUAAUGGUUGGUAUAAAUGAAGAAGGAAAAAGAUGGACAAGUUAGCCUGAAAGCAAAGUGAGUACCUGCUGGCAUCCAAUCACAAUUUAAACUUUGAAAUCUCUGCUUCCUGGCUGCCUCCCAGCAGUUUUCCCUACCAUUGUGGUAUGAGCCCCUCACUACCUUGAGGUCACGUUCUCACCUCCUUUUCCUUGGCCUGGAGCUGCAAAGUCUUCUUUUGCAGCUGGUCUCUGAAAUCCCGUUCUUUCUCCUUCCCUGUACCCUCAGGUUCCACUUCCUUAUGGGAGGGCUUUGGACUCCACACAGGCAAAGCCUGAUCUAAAAAAGCAGCCAGAUUCUCAGUGAUAGUGCGGUCCACGCCUCUGAGGAAGGGCCCUAUCACUGAGAGAAGUCUGGAGUGAGGGGAAGGGAGGGGAGAGAACAAGAGAGGUCCUGUCCCUGACUAGACUGCAUGGAGUAGAAUUUUCUGACUUUCUCCCAUUGGGACCCUGCUCAGCCUUGACACAGCUGGAAUUUGAGCCGCGUGAGGGCAAGGUUGACCUCUUACUUUUCUUUGUAUCCCCAGUCCCGUUUAAUGGCAGAUAUUUCUAAGAGAAUACUUACUAGUCCAAUUUCUUUUGUUGUACUUCUGGUAGGUUUGCUGGAUGCUUCAAUAGAACUAACCCCUUUCCCCUUCUGUCCUUAUUUCACAGUCAAUGAGAAUGGCUGUCAUAUCAUAGAAUUCACCUUCAUGUGGUUAAAAGUGGUUUCUGAGCCACGCAGAAGUCUUAGUGUUGGUGAAGAGGGCACUGAACUAGGAGUCAGAAAUUCUGGAUUGUUGUCUUAGCUGCGUCCUUAAUUUUUAUGACCAUAGAUUUUCAUUUUCUUGCUUGUGCUAUGUGGGUAUAAUACUUUCUGCCUUAUAUUUUAUGUGGUGAUUGUGAUGAGAAAACAAAAGACCACUUGGAGUGCAUACAUGAGGAACUUUUGCCCCCCACCCUCAGAUACAUGAUGCAUUCUUCUCAGGGAGUUAAGGCAGCAGACUCUUGAGGGCUAAGAGUGAGGUGACUGUUGCAUGCAGCAUGGUGUGGAGGUGUGGACUUGGGAUGUGAUUUGGAAAGUCAAAUGUAAAAAUUGACAUUAAAUCCUGAGUUCAAAAUCAGUUUAUUGAAAUGUUCAACACACACAUGUUUUCAGAGAGAGUAGAAAUUCUUUUCACAGUUUAUGUACCUCUCAGGAUAGGAGGCUAACUAGUUAAAGUGUUCUCAAAGCCAAUGAUCAGUCCUUAAAAAGCUCUGCUAGAUCCCUGACCUCACAGACUCCUAGAACUGCAUGGGACUCCAAGAGGUCAUGUAGUCCAUUCCUCUGCCUCUAGGCAGGCAAGGAAAGACCAGUAUCUUAGAAUUUGUGGAAGUAAAUUUGCUGACCUUUCUUUGUUAAGAGUUUCUCCUGUUCUUGAAGCUGUAAGGAUUGAUUCUGAAGCAGACCUGUGGGAAGACACAAGGAACUUGUCUGUAUAUUGACUGUAAACAAUGUUUUCAGAACUUUGCUACAAACCUUAAUUAUUCAAGAUGUUCCUAUCUGUUACUGGCUGAAUUGUGCUCCCCCAAAUUCAUAGGGGGAGAGUCCUGACUCCUAGUACCUCAGAAUGUGACCUUAUUUGGAGACAGGGUCUUUACAGAGAUAAUCAAGAAUUUUAGGACAUCAGAGUGGGCCCUAAUGUCUUAUGACUGGUGUCCUUGUAAGAAGGGGACAUUUCAACAGACAUCCAUAGAUAGAAGACAUAUGAAGAAACAUAGGGUGAAGAAGGCCAUCUACAAGCCAGGGAAAGUGGCCUGGAACAGAUCUAUCCUCAAAGCCCUCAGAAGGAACCAGCCCUGGCAACACCUUGACCUUGGACCUCUAGCCUCCAGAACAAAAUAAAUUUCUGUUUUUUAAGUCA